AUGACUGGUUAUGAAACGCAGUUCUCUGCUGACACGGGCGCGCGGGUGGUGGCAGUGGUGGGUGCUGACGUGGUGAGCCCGUACGGCGGUGCCACGUGGGACGAAGUGAUACGACAAAUGGCUCGCAGAGUCAACUGGGUGGAACCUUCCGUGCAGCUUCUCGUCUUCUCCUCCUCCUCCCUCUCCCCCUCCUCCUCCUCCCACUCCCACUUCCUCUCUGCCGCCCAGCAAGCUGAUCUCCUCUUGGCUGUCGCCGUGAACAGUGCCGAGUCCGCUGCCCAGCUCGUCCCCACUUUUUCAACCGCCCCUGCCCGGGUGGCCUUUGACUGCCACGUGUCGCUCUCUGAGCUCACCUUGCUGGGCGGGCUGAACCCGGAAAAGUUGAACCUGCCCCAGAAGCUCGCAGCAAAAUGGGGAUGGUGGAAGGAGGGGGCGAAGGCCGUUCAGACGUACACCCUGGUUGAAUCCUGCUGGGAGCGUCGCAGUGCAGACGACAUCUGGUUCGUCAUCCUCGCUCUCGUCAAUGCCUACAUCGUCGAUGUGCCAGCUCUCCGCAACCUGCGGGCGGCAGACUCGUCCUCUCUGCAGUGCAUGGUCGGCAACUGCGGGCCUGUCAUCCUGGAAUGUUUCUUGGACGAGCAGUGCCGCACGGCUAUCAAUUGCCUCAAUGAGUGCGGACCCACUGACCAGGUGUGCAGCUAUCAGUGCAUCGUGUCAUAUGAAACCCCCAAGUUCGAAGCCUUCUCCCUCUGCGUGCUACAGAAGCACAACUGUCUCGGCAUGACAGCCGAAAUCCGCGACCGCCCCACCGUCCUCCCCCUCACACACCUUCGCGGGCAGCCUGUCACGCAUGAGCGGGCAGAAGAUAUUUUCGUCGGGUGGCUCGGGCAGCUGCCUUGGAGCUGGCGGGUUGUGGCCGGGCAGAAUGCUGCGUACGACCAGUUCCCGUGCCAGUACCAGAUAUUCUACCGAGGCAAGGCGCGAGGCUCGGUGUGGUACGACCCUGUUUUCACGAUUCGCACCCUGGAUGAACGGUCACUGUGCGCUGUUGCCACCACCACAUACACCACACACGAGUACCCUUCUCCCACACUCUCCCCUCCUUCCUCUCCCCUCACUCCUCUCCUCGCUUCACCCAUGCAGAUCCGCACCCUGGAUGGACGAUCCGCACCCUGGAUGGACGGUCACUAUGGCGCCGGCGCCACUACCGCGUGCGACGAGGGAAGGUUCCCGGAACCUUCACCUUCACAGUGCUCGAUAACGGGGUGA